ACAAUGAAAAUGCCAUUCGUACCGAAUUUUGGAACAGUACGUGUGAAUACAAUCGAAAUUAUUUUGAUGGUUAUUUUCGUGGUGUGUAUGGUAAUCGUAUCAAUGGCAAGAAAAAAUUGCGAAAAACAUGGAAAUUGGAUCAGGCUAUAAUCAAGUUCUGUCGGAAGCACAAAGUCAUUGAGAAAAAUGCAAUUGGUUAUGGUAACAUACGUAGUCUGUAUAAUAAUAAUCUAUUCGGGCAUAUUUGAAUCAAUGUGUGAUUUCCGAAGAAUUGGCAAACCAUCCGAAAUCAAAUGAGCCGGUUGCGAGUACAUCACGCGCUAAAACACCACCACCACCGCCACCACAAAAAUGUCGAACAUUGAAACAGAUACGCAAAGCGAAUUACCAAUUGAUCACCAAUACAAUGCGCUAUUUGUUCAGCGACGAGGCAGAGAAUCCGAAUUUCUAUAAGAAAACGCCACAAUCGAAACGACCGCCACGCAAAAAGGCCACCGAUGAUGAAGUGGCCAAACGAAAAAAGCGACAAAAUAGAAAGAAUGUGAAAAAGCCAAAACGAAAACGUGAUCCAAUUCUAUUGACACCAGCUAUCGAACGUCUUCUGAAGCGUAUUCAAACCGAUUUUAAUCCGAUGGAUUUCGAAACGAAUCGACUCGGAUAUUUCACCAAAUUGACAACAAAUUGGUAUCGUCAUGUGCCAUUUUUCGUACAACUUCAGCAAUAUUGUCGUGCAAGAAAUCGUGAACGCUGCGAGCGGUUGAAAAAUUCAAAGGAACAGGAAAUGAAAAAUAACAAUGGCAGUAAUAAACCCUGGCAACAACCGUUCAAUGGCAACAAAGAACUUUGGGAUUGCAUGUGGCGUAAAUAUUUCGGCAUCAGUAAAAUCGAACGCCAUUCCACUGGCUUAACAUUCGCCAAUCGAAUACAAACCGAUGGCAAUGCAUUCGUUUUUCUGAUGAAUAAAGAGAAGAAGACGAAGAAGAAAAACGAUGAAAGUGAUGCUGAAACCAAAGAACGGCUACGAAAUAUAUUACGCCACUGCGAUCGCGAAGUAAGUUUUGAUGUUGAAGAUCGUGAAAUCAUUGCCGGCCAAAUUAUUAUCGAUCGAGAGAAAGACGAUACGGGCGCUGUGAAAGUGAAAAGCGUACGCAAUUUUAAAAUAUCCAGCAAGCAAUAUCAUUGGAUGACGAAAUUGCCACAGUUCAAGAAACAACGAGAUCGACUGGUUGGUACGCUUGAAGACGACAGGGCCGACGAUCGUGAGCGCAUCGAACGGGAGUGUGAGAACCAUGUACAGCCGAGCAGCAGGACGAUCGAUUUUGAAACGUACGCCGACCAUACGUUAAGAUUUUUCAAUCGGGCCAUGGAAGUGUACGGCAGCGAAGAGUAUGUACUUACUAAUUUUUUGCAUUGGAUUGAAAUCCAUCGAACGAUUGGUGAAUUGGUGCGAAUGAUUGUCGCACAAGGGCAUGGUAAACAUACAUUUGUGUUUGUCGGCAAGGCGCCGUUCACCCAUGCAAAUUCACCAUGCAAAGGUUAUGUACGAACAAGUGUUCGUUUGCUAUUCAAAGCACUUGAACAACAUCCACAACAAAAUUAUGUAGCCGUUGCUUCAAUGUACUGGGAAAUGGUUCGAAGAAUGGCCAAAAGACAACAAAAUCUCGGUUCAAAGUGUGUCGCCAGUGUAAACCAUCGCCAGAAGCACUGCCCGAUGGUGGUUCAUUCAUUUACAGCCACAAGAAUUCGAAACAAUUGAAGAAGCACAAAAAAUAUCGCUCACGGAAUUCGGACGACGAUAGCGGCCAGCCAAAAGUCGAACUGAAACGCUUCAAUAUGGUCGAUGGAAUGCUUGUGCCGGCUGCUGAAAAUGCUACGAUAUUAUCAGUAAAGAGGCCACGAACACAUUUUCGACGUCGGCGCCUAGAUGUCAUCGCAUGGAAAUACAUAUGAAACCGUGAUGAUAUUGGUGAUACGAAAAAAGUCCGUUCGGUUACAUUGAAUUGAGACACUAAUGCCGGUCGAAAUAUUCGACUUCGCGGUCAUUAUGAACUGUUGGGAAUAAAAUUGCCAAAUGCAUUCACAGUCGAUGCCGGGACACAAAACCAACAUGCAGAGCGACGCUUCGAAUUCGCAGAGAAUUUGAUGAAAAUAAGCGUAAAAAGCAACAAAAGUAUCAAACAACAAAUUCCAAUGGAGCUGAAUACGAUUCGGAUCAGUCAUGGUGGUCGUCAAGCAGCGAAGAAGAUGCAAUCGAUUUGAGCAACAGUGAAUUGUCAGACAACAGUGAUGAUAGUAAUGAUAGCGGUAGUGGUAGCGCUAGCGACGAUGGCGAAAAUUGAGAAUAGCAUCGUUCACACAC